GAAGGAAUAACAUAUCCUUCAUCACAAAUGCAAUGUACCUUACUAAAGGAAUUUUACGAAGAAUGCAAAAUACCAACAUCUUGUUUGGAUUAUGUCGAAGCACAUGCUACUGGCACCAAAGUUGGUGAUCCACAGGAAGUUGAAGCUAUCUAUAACAGUUUGUGUAAAAAUAGAGAAACUCCAUUAAUGAUCGGUUCCGUGAAAUCUAAUCUCGGGC